AUGAAUAAGAGGACUUCGCUGGUGCUCUUGCUCCUGGCUUUUCUCCUGGUUGUGCCCUUUGCGGUACGUGCGCAGCACUCCUUGGAGUGCCAAAAUGUUUGGAAGGGGCCUGAUGCUGACAACGACAUUGUGGCAUGCCUCUCGAAUAAGGACCGUCUCAUUGGACAGUGGCGUUUGCUCGUUCUUCCCGUAAUGAACGUUGUACUUUUGGCCGUCCUCGUGCUGAGCUUCCCUUUGCUGUUUCUGUGUGUUCUCUGUUGCCGUUGCUGCUGUGUCCCUGAUACGCUGGGAAGCACGAAACGUGCACGGUGCUGCAUGUGGCUGUGGAUGUCGUACGCCCUCAUUUGGUCUGCGGUCAUGUUUUACCUUGUCUUUUUCGGUGCCGGAUUGUUGAUUAAGACGGCCCCGCGCCUUAUGGAUGACACCGUUUCGGGGCCUUUGACCUACUUUAAUUUCACCGCCGAAAAGGUCCUUGACUUUGCGUCUGACUGGUCUACAGGUGAGCGCAAGCAGCUGGAUGCUCUUCCUUUGGACCUCACCGAUUUCACAACGGUCCAUGAAAAGGCUAUGGGAUUUGUUGAUAUGGCAAGACAGUAUUACUUCAAUUAUUUGGAUAAGGUUUCUCUUGCAACGUACUGUGUAUCAAGUGUGGGUCUAGUUCUGAUCGCCCUUAUUCUGCCGUUUGCCUGCUGUCACUGUUGUAUUCCGUGUUUCCCACUCGUUCUUUCAUGCCUUUACUGGGUGACUGCCGUCCUUUUUGCGGUGCUGGGAGCUACAGCGGGUGUGUUGGCAUAUGUUGCUACCGUGGGCUGCGGUGAGUUGGAACUGCAUUACGCACGUCAGCCGGGACUUGCCCAAUGGUAUGCCGUGCCUUACUGCCAGAGGAAAUUCAAUUUUACCAAUAUCAACGGAAUGAUUCGCGAAAAAGAACUUGAACUCUCUAAAGGUGCCUGCGAACAACUCUUGGGAGUGUGUGAGCCGCUAAAUGAAACGAAUGUUUUGCCCUCGAAAUUACUUGCAGGUGUUCCUCACGUCAUUAAUGGUGCCCAACGUUCGAAGCUGCUUUCAGGUGCCCCUGUAGCUCUGAAUGGUGCUCAAGGAGUUGGUGUUCCAGGAGUUGGUGCUCAAGGAGUUGGUGUUCCAGGAGUUGGUAUUCCAGGAGUUCCAGGAGUUGGUAUUCCAGGAGCCAGCGGCGCUCAGGCCGAUGCUUCUGGUGCUGGCGUUCUUGCUGCUGUUGGUUCUGUCCUUGGUGCUGGCGGUGGCGGUGGUGAUGCUUCCCAGGGUGGUGGUGCUGCCGCUUCUCCACUUGCGGGGCUGGCUGGCUCUGUGAUUGCAGAUGACGGCAAUGUCGUUGACCUCGCCAAUUUGCUUAACGGGGAUCCCUCAGCGGCUGGGGGACUUGCCAAGUUUGAGAGCUUUGACGGUUUGCCUCCCGGGGUUACUCUACCUUCUAUGAAGGACAUGCCAGCUGUGUCAGAAAGCCUGAAGAAGGCCUUGGAAGGGCGUAAUAUUUCCGCCGAUCUUCUCAAUGAGCUUCCUGGAAACUUGGGAGAAUUGGCAAACAUGCUAGCCGAUGCCUCGAAGCUUAAAGAACUUUUCACACGUCCCUUGGUGUGUGGCGCAGGCCUAAAAAAGAAAGAGGACUGUACGGACUUUGGCACGAUGGCAAGCAUCAUAAUGGACACCAAACUCAAGAAGGAGAUCCCGGGGUGCAAAGGGGCAGGAACCUACUGCAAGCUUUCGGAGUGCGCGGGCGGUUGCGCGCUGGAUUUUCUCAAGAGUGCGUCUGCAAUGCUUCUGUCGAAGGCGGAACAGGCACGUAACGCAAGCAUUGCGCUUUCGUAUGCCAGACCUUUGCUUGAGUGCAACUUCGUGAUGGAUAAGCUGGCUGGUGCCCUGACGAGGUGCGAUGACAUCCGGCGAGGAACGCUGAUGCUUGGGAUGGGAUUCUUCGUGGGGGGGAUAAUUUUUGGCCUGGCCAUCUACAUUGCCUUACGAGGCGCAUGCGUGUGGGGGAAGCGGUUUCCGAAGUUGCGAAGGAAGCCCAGAGAACGGUAA